CAGUGAAGCAACAAGAAUUCAUCACGCGCCUCGAGAACCUGGAUUCUCAUGCUGCCUUGUUUACAUGAUGGACGGAUAUGUCAUAUCAUCUGCUUCAGAGGAAAUGAUUUCAAAUGAGCCAGAGAAUUAUCGGCCACCCACAGAGCUGUACCCCUACCUCACCAAUGUGGGGGAAAUCUAUGAAGACCAUAGAUGGGCCUUCCACUCAGAGCGUGUCCAGCCGACUGAUUUUGACCACUCUCCAGUAAAUCACCUCACAGAGCUUCAGGCUGUGUCUCCGCAACUGCUGACGCAACCCUACCGCUUCAGCAGCGAGUCGCUGCCCCUCCACCUGGAUCCACCACUCGCACCUCUCUCUGUGUCACCACAAAUCCCAUAUUACACCUCCUCCCUGUGCUACCAAUACCAACCCUCUGCCUCGCCUGCACAAUACUACUCAGAGGAGGAACAAAGAGGAAUUAGCCCCCCGCUUGAGGUAUCAGAAGGGGAGGAUGACUUUGAAGACCACAGCCACCCCUCCUUAAGGAAAGACACUAAUAACAAGAAGAAAAUCCGCUUGUACCAGUUCCUCUUGGACUUGCUUAGAAACGGUGACAUGAGUGACAGCAUCUGGUGGGUCGACCAGGACAAGGGCAUCUUCCAGUUCUCCACAAAACACAAAGAAGUUCUGGCGAACCGCUGGGGUCUUCAGAAAGGAAACCGGAAAAAAAUGACCUACCAAAAAAUGGCUCGGGCAUUGAGGAACUAUGGUAAAACUGGAGAGAUUAAAAAAGUAAAGAAGAAGCUAACCUACCAGUUCAGUGAGGAAGUUCUGAGGAACAUCUAUAUACGUCAGUAUACUCACUGAGGGGGGAAACAAAAAGGCUGUCUCUUGCUACACUGAAAAUCACUAAACAUGUCAAGAUUAUGUUUUGCCUGUACAUUUGCAAUUUAAUUUAGUUUUCAUACUUAUUUAUUUGUAAUGCCAGUGUGCUUCCUCUGUGGCAUUUCUUAACUUCCACAUAAAUGGCUUCAUUUCAGACUUAAGUUUGUGUUUGUAUACGAAGAUAAAGGAGAUUUAAGAUCAGUCACACAAAAUUCAAAUGUUGAACCUUUAUGUCAUUUAUGUUUCGAGACUGUGUAAGUUAAAAAUUAUUUUUUACUCAUUUUAUCAAAUUACUUCAAUGAACUGAAUCUAUUUUGAAACCAGCACAUUAGGGCUGGGAAAUAUAUUGAUAUGUUGAUAUUGUGAUAUUAGACUAGAUAUUGUUUUAGAUUUUGCAUAUUUUAAUAUUUUGAGAUGGCAUAAGUGUUUUUUUCCUGGUUUUGAAGGCUGCAUUUCAGUAAAAUUAUGUAAUUCUCAGAACUGACCAGACUGUUCUAGCUGUUCAAUUAUUUGCUUUUACACACUUAGUCAUUAUAUCCACAUUACUGAUGAUUAUUUAUCAAAAAUCUCAUUGUGUCAAUAUUUUGUGAAAGCACCAAUAGUCACCCCUACAAUAUUGUCCAGUAUCAAUAUCAAGACGUUUGGUCAAAAAUAAAUGCAUUGUGUGU